AUGAUAGACUCUUCACUAAAGUCAUAUCGCAUACCCCAACUUGAAGGUGGACACCGUCCAGGCUCUGAGGCAAUCUUCAACUCGCGCAGCAAGGACGACAUUCUUGCCGCUCUCCAAGAAUGGAGUUCCCAACGCAUCUUACUCGUUCAUAGCAAAGCUCUCGCAGAAAACACCUCCACCAUUGGCGAUCUGAAAGAAGCACUCGACGGAAGGCUCAUCAAUGCCAAAGAAGGCGUCGGAUCACAUUCACCAUACGAAGAUGUCAUCGAUAUUGCACAUCGAAUCACGCAUCACAAGAUAGAUUGCGUUAUUUGCGUUGGUAGUGGCUCAUACUCUGACGCCUGUAAGGUCGCGCGUCUUCUAUCAGCUACUCUGCCCAAAGGCUUUCAAGAAAACGACAUGGAAGCACUCAUCGAUCAAGAAAAGGGCGUCGCGCCUGAGGAUAAGAUGAGGAAAGCUGAUGGCGUGAAGCUCAUUCUAGUUCCUACCAGUCUGUCGGCAGGGGAAUGGAAUUACAAAGCGAGCUGCACAAACAGCAGCGGUAAAAAACAGCACUUUGCGCUAUCGGACGGAGGAGCGCCAGAUCUGAUAUUGAUGGAUCCAUGGGUGGCUAGGACAGCGCCACAGAAACUCUGGUUGAGUUCCGGGAUACGUGCGGUGGAUCAUUGCGUCGAGACACUUUGCAAUCCAGACAGUGCCAAGUAUCCGGAUGUUCAAGAAUGGUGCGAAAAGGCAUUGCGGGAUUUAGCCAAGGGCUUGGUAGAGUACAAGGAGGGCAUGGAUCGUGGACAAAAUGGCCAGGGUGAGCUUGUUCACGGUGUGAGUAAAUGUCAGGCAGGAAGUCGAAUGGCACUCAUGGCAUACAUCGUCUACGGAGUCAAUAUGGGCGCCAGCCACGCUAUUGGCCAUCAGCUCGGCAGCGUGGGAAAAGUCAUGCACGGUAUUACGAGCUGUAUAAUGCUUCCUGCUGUGCUGCGAUACACCAAGACGAAGAACCCCGAGGCGCAGGCAAGGGUCGUGAAGAUCUUCAACGAGAGCUUGCAUUGGGAAGAGACAGAGGCGGGGGAUUGUGUCGCGAAGUUGGUUAAGUUCACAGGGCUGCCCAGUAGCCUGAAGGAGGUUGGAGUUACGAGUGAUGAGCAGAUUGAACAGAUCAUUGAUAAGACCAUGACGGAUGUUAUGUUCUCGUCAGGCAAGGUUCUCAUAAGGGAGGAGGUGUCUGAGAUUGUAUACUCUACAAGGUAG